UCUGUUGGUGAUCAGUUGUAUAGCAACAACGCUACCUGCAGUUAUCAAGAAAUACCGGGCAAACAUUGAGGAAGAAGUAGAAGCGAUGAAGAACUUUAUUGCUGCACUUUUGCUUUUAUCUUUUGCUAUUGUGGCCUUGACUUUCAAGCCAGACAGCGAUGAUAUUCGUUUAUCGUCMAACCAAGCAAAUCAUUUCAUGAAAAGGCUUAAAAUUGCAAAGAGAGAUCUCUAUCAUGAAUGUUACGUGGAGGAAUACUGUACCUGGGAAGAAGUAAAAGAGGUCAAAGGAGGAGGGGAAGAUGGCAAAGAGUACUUUAAUUCGUAUAAAAGUGGAAAAUAGGAAGAAGAAAAUGGGUGUUUCAAAGCCAACAGAGAGAGCCUCAUCAAGCCUUAUACUGUAUUUUUACUUGUAUUACAAUAUGUUAGCAAUACCAUGAUAUGCAUGAAUGUGAUAAAUAAUAAAAAGAGCUGUUGUAAGAAUU